AUGGUGCGGCCAUGUCAAAGAUGUGCCAAAGAAACCGCCUACGUCAGCUGCCGCAGCCCUAAGAGGAGCCGACGCUCGGAAUAUGGCGGUAAAGGUCAGACGAGCAGCAGCAGAGAACCGACUUUUCAUUCCCAAUCCGUCUCCCAGCACGGCCCUGCGACCCACGAUGACUUGGCCAUGGCUGAGCUUCUCAUCUGCGGUCGCCCCAACCAUGUGCCCCUCAGGCAACUGCAUCCCAGCGUCCCGCAAAUCAUGUUCCUGUGGAACACCUUUCUCAGCAACGUCGACCCCCUUGUGAAGCUGUUUCACGCGCCCACGGUCCAGGAUAUGAUCUCGCAGGCGACCAUGAAGCUGGACGCCCUUUCGCAACCGGCGGAAGCGCUCAUGUUCGCCAUCUACCUCUGCGCCGUCAUGACGAUGAACGAGCAGCAGUGCCUCCGAGGUCUGGAAACGUCCAAGGAGACUCUGCUCAAGAGGUUUUCCAACGCGACGCAGCAGGCGCUGGUCAAUGCCAAGUUUCUGCAGUACCCCGACGCGGUAAACCUGCAAGCUCUUACCCUAUACCUGGUGCUCUUGAUCAACGAGUGGUCGGGAAAGUACUCUGAGGAGGCUCCGUCGGGUACCAGAGCACCCUCCAACUGCAACGAUGGCGACCUUUCUCCCUUCACGGUCCGGAUACCGGACGUGACCGAAGGCGGAACAGACAUGCUAUUUUGCACGCUUCACAACCGCUUCCGCGCCCUCGAAGCUACGAUGGAUAGCCUCACGUGCCGAUGCGACCCUUCCAUCCCGCUCCACCUCUUCACCGUCCUAAUUGGCCGGUACACGAUAGCGCGGCUGAGGUUCUCGGUGCGGGCCAACGAGGCGUUUGCCGACCACGUUGACCUCGCCUCGAUGCCGGGCGAGACGCGCGGCAUCCUCCUCGACAACGCCCUCGCAGUCCUGCGGUUCGACACGGAGAUGCGGAUGACGCAGGCGAUCCGGCCGUUCCUCUGGCACCCCGUGGCUCGGUUCCCGUUUGACGCGUUUGCGUACCUCCUCGCGUCGCUCUGCGCGGGCGUCGAGGGCCCGCGGCACAAUGCCGCGUGGGCAGCCGUCAACAGCGCGUACGAGGAGUGCCCCGAGUUCUGCUCCCAGCUGGACAACCCGCUGUACUCGGCGGCGGCGGACCUCGCCGUGGGCGCAUGGGAGCGAAGGGUGGCCGGCAUGCAAAAAGAGGCGGCUGCUGCUGCGGCGGCGACGACGACGACGACUGACGAGGCCCAGGGGCUCGGCUGCUGCGAGAUGGAGCCGCCCGGCAGCACAGAGUUUUCGGCCGCGCGACACGCUAUUUCGGCGUUGAAGCAGGCGAGGAGGCGGCGGGGCGGCGAGGGCGCGCUGCUACGACGUCGUAUGGGAAGAAGCACUGGGAUGUAG